CUGAAGGCACGGUUGUAAAUCCGCAGUUACUUGCACUGAAUCUCGCAUUCCUCUGAUGUAAUAAGUCUGCGAGGUUGCUGGAAACAGGCGGGGUCAGCAGCCCAUCGCCACAUUGCACCAUCUUUGGCAUACCUCGCUGUUUGGUAAUAAUGGGUCGGCCACAGACAGCAGAGAGAUCGGAUGUUGAGGAAGAACCUUUUGUGGCAGAGGCAAAUGGCAAUGGUGUUGAGCAUCACAGUCCUCUGAAGUCAAAUACUGGCUCAACAGAGCGCCAGGAACCGCGCAAACCUGAACUUUCUCCAGCUGCCGCCAUGUCAAUGCCCUCCACGGAUGAUACGAUUCAUGAGAACGUCAACGGGGACGCCAGGCUCUCGACAGAGAAGGCUCGCGCUGAAGUUUCAAAGGACCUCUCUCCGGAGCAGUGCUUGAUGAAACAGCAGGAGGAGACAGCGAAAGAGGCAAGCAAGCGCAUGUUCUUUCCGCGGAUCCCUAAGCAGACUGUACCACAAUCGCAACAGCAAGCGCUUCAAGAUAAGAUUGCCGAGCUGAGAAAGGAAGCUCAGGAGGUGACCGAUGCGAUCGACUCUACGCUGGCUGCACGCGAUGUCGUCCGCAACAAGAGGGACGCGACCCUGGACACAUUGAGAGAUCUCAGGGAGCUUAUCAUUGCCAAGGAGGUGGAGAUUGAGCCUCAUGUGGCGGAGAGGAACAAGCACUCGGAGGCGGCCAAAGCGGCCUCGCUGGCCAAGAAGCAGAACGCUUUGGACAGCCGCGUGCAGUUCAGAACAGAGGAGGCGUUGAACGCAGCCCUCAGGGCAGUUGAGUACCGCUACGCGCACGAGACCAACCCCAAAGCUGAGGAGGACGCCCUCUACAAGCAGAUCAAGAAGCUGGAGGGCCAGCGGUCUGCUGUGCGCGCGGUGGAAGCAAAGGACCGGGCCAGGGCGGCUGCGGCGAGCGAGGUGGCAAGGGCUGAGCCGGAGAUGUCCUCGGCAAUGAGCGCGAAAGAGGCCAACGUGCUGGUGGAGGCGCUGAUCGCAGAGAAGAGAGCGCUGGUGGCGGACAGCAAGGCACUGAGUGAUGUCUUUGAAGCGUACAAGGCUGAGGCCAACGCCCUGGACGAGCAGGUCAAGGAGCUGAGGACCAGGCGCUCUCUACUGAAGAGGAAGCAGGACGAGCUGACCACAGAGAUGAGGGGCCUUGGGGGCUUCAUGGUGGAGCAGUGGCAACUGAACCGUCGGUUCAGUCAGCAAGUGCGCCUCUACCUCAAGGAAGGCAGGGUCGACUUCGCCCGCCAGCAGUGCGCUCAGAAGACGGAGCACUGGAUGAACUUGCUGGCCAACGACGCGAAGUUCCGGGAGGAGUAUCACAGGCUGUGGAAGGAGGAGCGCGGGGUGGCCAAGCAGGAGAGUGUCAAGGGCACAAGCGACAAUGCGGUGGACGUCAUCGCAAGAGCGCUUAGCGGGGUUCAGAAGGUGAUGCAUGAGAAGCAGCGUGUCGCCAUUGCCGAGUCUGCCAAGGGCCCCAAGAACGCUGCUGAGGGCCCCAAGGUCACUGCUGAAGGCCCCAAGGCCGCUGCUGACGCCUCAGCAGAGGCUCCCGCGCACGCCAACGGCCACACCUCCGAGCCUGAGCAGCCGGAAGCGGUGGAGGCCCCAGAGCUGCACAAGACGCUGGGGGCCAUGCAGAUGGAGGAGCUGGCGCAGCUGGCGGAGAACGGCGGCGUGCUGGUGCCUGCCAAGGCAAAGGCGCCCAGGAGGAGCAAGGCCGUCAAGAAGUCGGUCGUCGAGAUCCCAGCCAUCUUUGAAGACAAGACGCCGUUCGUGCCCCCUGCUGCCCUCCUGAAGCGGGACGUGGAGCAGGUGGACGAGGCGGAGGAGCGUGAGAGGGCGCGGCUGCGCAACGCGGAGGCGGCGCGCGAGGCCGAGGCGCGCAAGGAGCGCAAGCGCCGCAAGGCCGAGCAGAAGGAGCGCGCGCAGAAGGUCCGCGACGCGCACAAGGCCGCCGGCGUCAAGGAGGAUGACAAGGCCGCCAAGGAGCCCGCUGCCCUUGCGAGCGAGGAGCUGCCGGCAGCGGCCACUGCGGCAGAGGUGCCGGCCACGCCUGCCCCGGCGUCGGCGGCGGCCGCGGCGGUGCCGAAGCCGUCCGGCGGGGGCGGCAAGCCGAGCGGGCGCGUGGGCAAGCACAUCGGGGCCCCCGUGGCCAAGAGCCGCGUGCAGGUCAACCGGCGCAAGGGGACGCUGCAGCGCGUGCUGGCGUACGCGCAGCAGCAGCUGCCCAAGAGCCUGAUGCACAGGGUGCUGGUGGGUGUGCUACUGCUGCUCGGUAUCUGGCUGCUGACAGAGCUGCUGCCGCGGCCGGGACGUGUCCACGCCUGACUGGCGCCCAAAGUUCACGGGAUGUGGAGUUGCUGGCCUCUGUGCAAGAGGUCACGGCAUGCUGGGCACAGCAAUCAAUGCCAGCAAAAAAUUGGAGUUGGACAAGUUUGCAACUUUAUUGUGGUGUUGAGAGCAAUAAUCGUGGUUAUACACAGGGAUCUCCAGGUUGGUUUAUUGGUGGGCAUUAUGUCGAUCUCCAUUGCAAAUCGGUGUAGCGCCUUGGGCUGUCGUUUUGAAGAAAAACAAUCAAGAGGGCUGUCCUGCACUCAAGAACAAUCUGUAGGUAGAGGCACAGUUAGAAUCAAGGCUGCUAUAAAUCCUGCACAUGGCUCUUAGUAGGCAACUGCUUCGCGUACGCGUCCAAGAUGGGAUGCCCCAGAAAGUCCUAGCUCUGCAGAUCGCCAGUUCUCCUCAAUGCAUUUCGUUCUGUUCAAAUUUGAGGGGUACAUGAUGGUGGAAUUUGCAAGCUGCGCUGCUCAAUCUCAUGGUAAGCUUGUGCAUGUGCUGGGACUCUGUCUGACAGGCUGUCACCUUGGUGUGACAACGGCAGUGUCCAUGCUUGCUAGGUUAGAGCACUGUGCACUGCAGUAAACCUUGCCAGUUACUGUCAGCCUGGCACUGAUAGCGACCAUCAAUAGGGGCAUUCCUCUCACUGAACUGGCCUUGGCCCUAUGGUCAUAUCCAUCUGGUAGUUGCGUGCACGAGGAAUUAAUUAGCAUACAUUGUAAGCAAAAUUGCUG